UCGACACUCUUCUACAAGUAAACGGGACCUGAGAAAAAAAAUGUGAAACAUGAAACUAGAAAUCGUAUUGGAACCUGACAAUUUUACUUUUGACAUCGCAGAUUUGUCUACAUCAAUGUAUCUGACGGAUAUUUACGUGAAUAAGACUUUGGAAGUUAAUGAAACGACCAAUGACUUGGUAUACUCAAACCAGUUCGAGGAUGAUCCCCUAAUAGUGUUUCUAGUGAUAUUAAAAUGUUUGAUAAUGCUGUUUAUUAUACUGGCUGCGAUAUUUGGAAAUCUGCUCGUAAUAGUUUCGGUGAUGAGACACAGAAAGCUAAGAGUGAUUACGAACUAUUUCGUUGUAUCUUUAGCCCUGGCUGACAUGCUUGUAGCAAUAUGGGCUAUGUGCUUUAACUUCAGCGUGGAAAUUACAAACGGAGAAUGGUUAUUUGGGUACUUCAUGUGCGAUGUUUGGAACUCCUUGGACGUGUACUUUUCUUCGGCAUCCAUUCUCCAUCUAUGCUGCAUCAGCGUCGACAGAUAUUACGCAAUCGUCCAACCUCUAGACUAUCCCCUGAUAAUGACGACUGCUAAGUUGGGGAUCAUGUUGGCAGUGGUCUGGUGCAGUCCAGCUUUAGUCUCGUUUCUUCCAAUCUUCAUGGGUUGGUACACAACAGAAGAUCACUUGAACUUUAGGAAGCGUUUCCCAAAUGUGUGCAGUUUUACUGUGAAUAAGGUGUAUGCUGUGGUUUCGAGUAGUGUUAGUUUUUGGAUACCGGGAGUCAUCAUGCUGUAUAUGUACUACAGAAUCUAUUUGGAAGCUGAGAGACAGGAGAGGAUGUUGUACAGAAGUAAAGUAGCUGCCUUACUCCUGGACAAACAUCUGCAGAUUAACGGGAUCUCAAUGGGCGAGGUGAUGAGAGAGAGACAGAGCAUACAGAUGCAGCCUAUGGCCAGCAGUAAGAUGAAAAGAGAGAGAAAAGCAGCAAGGACUCUUGGCAUCAUCAUGUCAGCCUUCUUGGCGUGUUGGCUGCCAUUCUUUUUAUGGUACAUAAUCACAGCGCUAUGUGGAGAUGCGUGUCCCUCCCCACCACCUGUGGUAGCCGCUGUGUUUUGGGUGGGGUACUUCAACUCCGCACUAAACCCCCUCAUCUACGCAUACUUCAACAGGGACUUCAGAGCUGCGUUCAGGAAGACCUUGGAUUCUUGCUGCAGGUCUCUCUGCGGCGACAUCGCACGUCGCUACUGCUGCCAGCGUCAACGUCGCGAGCAACAUCAUUCCAACGCAUCCUCAGACAUCCACAUGAACAACUGCGUCAAGUCAACAUCCGCAGAUGUCCUGCGAGCUCAUCAUGCAUCCUGCUCCAGACCCGAAGAUAUCGUCUUUGGAACGUAGAGGGUCAUAUGACAGGAAUAUAUUUUCUAUUAUUAUGUACUCUAAGUUUAGUGAGCUAAGGAUGUCUUUUA